AUGAAUCAAGAAUACUUUGAAAAUAGACAACAAGCCCUCUGCCUCAAAUACCAACCUACGAGCGCCAGCAAUUAUCGCUAUCAAGCCCUCUGGCAACCACAAAACGAAAAUCUCAGCAACACCUUAAUGUUGGCCCAGAGAAUCUUCAGAGAGUAUAAGUAAAGUAUUUAAUGGAUCUAUUGAACCCGUAGAUAAGUUUUAAGUCCGAAAAGUCUCAGUCAUUCAACCUCAACAACAAGAUAAGGAACCUGAACAAAAAAAGCAGAAAACAACCAUCAUGGACUCCAAAAGAUUUCACAUGUACAGCAACCCCAAAAAUACCAAAGUCAAACUCCUAAACUCCACAGCGAACAACUCCUUCUAUUCCAAAAAGAGUUCGGAAAAAUAUUAAUAAUCCCCCAUCAAACCCAAGACUGCAAUCUCCAGAGCUAAACGAAUAUUGCCCUAACAAAUCUCCAUUACACCAAUAGAGAGUGCCACUCCAUUAGUGUCUGCACAGAGUUGGUGUGUUAUUAAUGGAAAGAAUGGCCAAUUGAUGGGGGGCUACAAUCAAUAUAAAAGCAGACAAAUGGCUUCAAUCACCAAAAUCAUGACAUGUUGGCUAGCACUGAAACUCACUCAGCAAUUUCAUUUGGACCUUGAUAACACCUAUUUCACAGUGCCAGAAAAAGUAGUUCAUAGCUUAAAUAUAGGCAGAAAGGAUUGGAGGCACAACAGCUCAACUCUAAACUGGUGAUAAACUCAGCAUAAGAGAUCUGCUCUAUGGGUUGAUGUUACCAUCUGGUAACGAUGCAGCAGUCUCCAUACAACAUAACUUCGAACUUUACAAAGGUUGCGACUUUAUAUAACAAAUGAAUCAAAACGCCUAAGACAUCGGGAUGGAGUUGACAUCCUAUGCCAAUCCUCAUGGUAUUACUUAUGUAACUAAAAAGGUUUGUAUCACGAAGCCAACUACUCAUCUGCUUAUGAUAUUGGCAUCCUCACCUAUAAUGCCAUGUAAAAUCUACAGUUCGCCAGUAUUGUCAAGACCAAAAUCUACUUUAGUGAAAUUGAAGACAAAUUUGGAGAGUCAAAGGAAAUCUUUUGGGAAAACACUAAUAAAAUGUUAUACCAAGGAUUUAGGGGUGUUAAGACAGGCAUAACAAAAGAGGCAGGGCCAUGCGUUGUAGAGUAUUUUGAGGAUACCGAGAACUCGUACAUAAUUGUACUGUUAAAUUGUAGAUCAGUAGAUCACAGAUGGCAGGAUGCUAUCAAAUUAUUAGAUUGGAUUAGAUAAUGA